AUGGGUAUUUCACGUGAUUCUCGUCACAAGAGAUCAGCAACUGGUGCCAAGAGAGCUCAGUACAGAAAGAAGAGAAAGUUUGAGUUAGGAAGACAGCCAGCCAGUACCAAGAUUGGUACCAAAAGAAUUCAUGCUGUUAGAGUUAGAGGUGGCCACCUUAAGUUCAGAGCUUUGAGACUUGAGAGCGGUAACUUCUCAUGGCCUUCCGAGGGUGUUUCUAGAAAGACGAGAAUCAAUGCCGUCGUCUACCAUCCAUCUAACAACGAGUUGGUCAGAACCAACACUUUGACCAAAUCAUCUGUUGUGCAAAUCGAUGCUACUCCAUUUAAGCAGUACUACGAAUCUCACUACGGUUUGGUUAUGGGUAAGAAGGGCACGGCCGUCGUUGAUGAGGAAACAAAGAAAUCUAAGCAUUUGCAGAAGAAGCUUGCUGCUAGAGCCAAGGACGCUAAACUCGAAUCUGCUGUUUCUUCCCAGUUUGGUUCUGGUAGAUUGUAUGCCGUUGUUUCAUCCAGACCAGGCCAAUCCGGUAGAUGUGAUGGUUACGUCUUGGAGGGUGAUGAGUUGGCCUUCUACUUGAGAAGAUUGACUGCCAAGAAAUAA